CCAAGCGCACAAAAUAAAGCGACAGAGUGGAUGUGUGUUGUCGUGUUGUGUAAUAAAUAAAUAUUAAUAAUUACUUUCUAAAAAGAAGUCCUAGAAAAAGGUCUAUAAUUCAAUUUAUGGACCUUGAUAAAGUACUCACUUCUACUCAGGUGCUCAGCAGUGGGAUUCUAAUCAAGCCCCAGAUAUAUUAAGGAAUUUCAGUUGCUGCUUGGGUUGGAGGAUAAAAACAAAAUUUCAGUAUAUUUCUCCUAGCGCAUUCGGCGAAUUCUAGCAGAUUAAAAUUAACGAAUCUGGCGGCACACAAUCUAGCGGAUAGCGGACAGAUAGCGGAUAGCAGAUAUCGGACUUCGAAUUGUCGAUAUGUCGACUUCGAGAGUUGGGAACAAUGGAAACCUGGCUUUUGGCGCUGCUGUAUCCAUGUACUGUAUCUUGGCUGUAUCAUGGGCUGUAUCCGUUGUAUCCUUGUUUGUUGUAUCUACACAAAAAACAAGUUUAAGAGAUUUUUGUGUAUUCUUUUAGGAUUGAUUGAAUAUUUCUAUUUGAAUUGCUGGGCACCAGGAUGUAAGCCACAAAUGUAACCAUUACAAUGUUAAAGAGAGUUGUAAAUUUUAUAGAUUUCCUAAAAAGGAUACCAAAACAAGGAAAAAUUGGAUAAAACUCACAAGGGCUAUAGAACCAGGACCUGGAGCAUAUUUAUGUACCUACUUGCCAUUUUGUGGAUGGAAAGAAAGUAAAUGGCCCUACAAUCUCUGCUACAAUAUUAAUGCAUAACGAAGAGAAACAGUCUAAAUUUUUAAUCCCAGAAAAGAAAAAAAGACAAAAGAUAAAUGUUACUGUAAAACCAAUGGAUAAUUCCAAGCAAGAUUUAACUUCACAAAUUGCUUCUGGAACGAGUGAUAAUUCAAGGGGUAAGGAAUCGAAGAAACAUCGAAGGAAGAUCUGUAGGUGUACCGUAUGUGGCUACGAAACGACAACAAAACAUUUUCGUCGGCAUAAGGCGCUUCACUUGGCACGAGAAGAACGACAGUUGUUCCCUUGUGUGCAUUGUGGCAAAGAUUACUUAACAAAACACGGCUUAGAAUAUCACCUUGAUAAUAAUCAUAUUGAUUCCAGAGCGAAGGAACUGAAGAACUCGCAGAAAAAGUUAUAUAGCUGUUCCACAUGUAGCUUCCAAUCAAGUAAUAUGUCAAGACUUAAAGAACAUGAGCAAGUUCACUUGGCACCGGAAGAACGACGGAUGAUUACUUGUGUGCACUGUGACUACAAAUGUAUGUCAAGAAGCAGCAUAAUAUACCACUAUAAUCAUAAACAUAUUGAUUCCAGCGCAAAGAUGGAAUUGGAAUCGCAUAAAAAGGUCCAUAGAUGUUCGACAUGUAGCUACCAAACAGGGCAUCUAUCACACCUUAGAAAGCAUGAGACAGUUCACUUGGCACCGGAAGAAAGACAGUUGCUUUCUUGUGCGCACUGUAACCUCAAAUAUAGGACAAAAACAGGUUUACAAUACCAUCUUGCUAAAAAUCAUCUUGAUUCCAGCGCGAAGAUUGAACCGCAGAAAAAAGAAAACGGCAGAAAAAUGAACAAAUCGCAGAAAAAGGUCCAUAAAUGUUCCACAUGUAGCUACCAAACAGGACAUCUGUCACAUUUUAGAAAACAUAAGGAAGUUCACGCGGCAACAAAAAAACGACAAUUUUUUGCUUGUGCGCACUGCGACAAGAAAUAUUGGUCAAAAGUCAGCUUACAACGCCACCUUCAGAAUAAUCAUAUUAUUUCCAGAUCUGAGAAAACUACCAUUUUGAAAAAUUUAAAAGUAAAAGAAAGAAAUGCUGAUUGUAUGUCGCUAACUCAUGAAGUGAUAUUAGAUUCUUUAAAAAUAGAAAUUGAUGAACAAGUUACGCAUUUGGAUCGCUCUAACAAUACUGAAAGCCUAUCUGUGGCUAAUGAAGUAAAAUCAGAAGCUUGUUUAGAAACAGAAAUUGAUGACGACGCUCCGAUUUUGAAUAAAGACGUGCAGGAUGACUUUAGAACUACCGAUGAUGAAUCUGUAACUAAGAAAGUGAAAUUAGAAGAGUUUAUAAAAAUGGAACCUAACCUUGACGCGUUUCUGGAUGAAGACUUAGAUCUUAUAACCAACGUGGGAUAAAUAAAUUCGCUUCAUCCGUGAAUAAAACAUAUCAGAUACAUAUUCGCUUAUCUGAUCCUUUCUGUCAUUAAACUUGACUUAUAUGCCUGCGUAUAUACCGGGUGCGUCUCAAAAGUGGCUCACCCCUAUAACUUUUUAAUUUUUUCAAAUAAAAAAAAACAGAUUUGGUAUGUUGGUAUAUGACAUAAAUUAGGAUUGAUUGACGUAUUCAAUUGUUUUUGGUCACUUCUUGUUUCACUGUGAAUGACUACAACUUUUGAUUUUUAAAUAGCACAGUCGGUAUUUUUUUACUUUAUUCGAUAGAAAAUGACACUCUGAAUAGAAUGACAUAUCAUAUGUCAACUUUUGACAUUUUAGGACCCUAAAAAUUCAACCAUAUUUUCAUGUUUUUCUCAAUUUUCUCUAAGAGGGUAUGGAAAUUUGGAAAAGUAUAAACGGGGUUAACCAUUUUAUGAAGAAUAUAUUUUUCUCAAAAUGUCAAUAAUAAAUGUUCCUCUUGUAAAGACAAUCCGGCGACGUACUGUAGACUGAAAUGUACUACUUACAAACUCUUUUUUUAAGCAAAAAUGUCAAAAGUUGACGUAUGAUGUGUCAUUCUUUUCAGAAUAUCAUUUUCUCUCAAACAUAGUAAAAUGUAAUACCGAGGGACCAUUUAAAAAUCACAAGUUGUAGUUAUUUCCGUUGAAACAGGAAGUGACCCAAAAAAAUAGGAUACGUCAGUCAAUCUUGAUUUACGUCAUAUACUAACAUACCAAAAAAUAAAAUACUAAAUCUCGUUUUUUGUCUGAAACAAAUAAAGUUAUAGGGGAGAGCCACUUUUGAAAAACACUCGGUAUACACAAAUACAUAUCAGUUAAGCCGCUUUCUCAGAACAUCGACUGUCGCCAGCGACACGUCAAAAGAACCAAUCAGAUUUGUAUAAAUUUCAAACAGCUGUCAAUUUUGAAUUUUGUGCAAAUCUGAUUGGUUCAUUUAACGUGUCGCUCGACAAUACGAGAAUGGGGCUUUAUGUUUUAAAAAAAAAUAAUGGUCCGUGUUUUUAUCAAGGCAGAAAGAAUCUAUAGAUUGGCAAACAUGUUCAAUAUCGUUUUGUGCAAGCUCAAAUUGGUUACAUGGGGUGCAAGAUAGGUUUAUAUGUUAACCUUCUUCUAGAAUGAAAGAAGUAAAACAACGCACUUCAUUCAAACACUAGUCAUAGAAAUAAAGGUCUGUGUAAUAACUUACAUAGUAUAUGUAAGUUAUUACUUAUGAAGCAUUUGUAUGUUUAUGAAGCAUACGAAGCUAUAGGAUCUAAGUCACGCGUAUUUUGAGGACGAAAAAAUAUUAUAACAAUUUUAAAACAUUAACUGAUUUGUUUAUUUUUUAUAUACAUUACUUAUAUAUGUAUUAUGGAGGGUAGAGGUAAAGAGAAUCACAUCCUGAUGGGACUUAACUUAAGAAGUGAUCACCUAAGGGGGAAAAAUAAUAGUCCACUGAAGGACCACUGUGGUGCUAACAAGCAAUAAGACAUCGAUCUGAACUUAGCGGUUAUAAACAAAGUGAAGUUAGUCAAAUAGAGUGGCAAUACGUGCCUUUAGAAACCGCAUAUUUAUCUAUUUCUUUUUAAUUCUUUCCUCUUCCAAAAAUGUCGGCGCUUCUUUCAAAUGUAGAACUUUUGCUACAGCAGCGCCAUCUUAAUUGUACCCUCUCUGAAGACCACCUUUCAAUACACGAAGAUAUUUCUCCUUACCUCUACCAACUACCCCCAUAAUAUGUAUACUUUUAUAGGUAGUUAAGCUGUAUAGUUUAUUAUUGACGUUUCCAAUAAAAGUUUUACAAGUUA